AAACCCAAAAAGUGCAGUCUUUCGUAGGAAAUUAGAUUAAAGGGAAGUUCAUCAGUUUGUUCUUCGUAUUCUCAAAGAUGGUGCAUCGACCGCAUCUGCAUGUUUUUAAAUAUCAAGCGAAACGAUGUAGAUGUAUGCUACCCUUGCUCGCUGUCACUUCUAGUCUGGCUUAUAUAUGGGUGAUCUACUGAAAGAGUUCUCAUUCAUCCAGGUAAUUCGAUGGACUGGCUAGCUGCUUCCAGUGGGAACUCCGGGGAAGCGUCUCCCAGAAGUUCAACACUUAAGAGAAAGAAAUCCGCAGUUCAAGACGCCCGGCUAUUAGUUUUAGGCCCAUCUGCGGUAGGCAAAAGUGCUGUCGUUGUUAGAUUCUUAACAAAAAGAUUUAUUGGGGAGUACGACCACUCCUCAGAAAUCAAAUAUAAGCACACAGUGGUAAUUGACCAAGAGAAUGUUGUAUUUGAAAUUCUAGACAGCUGUUCCUCCGAAAAGAUUACUGAAGAUACGUUUGAAGAACAUAUGAAAUGGGCGGAUGGAAUAGUCCUUUUGUAUGCCAUCACAAGCUUCAAAACAUUUGAACUUGUUAAAAAGUUGUCAAAAAGACUUCAAGAACACCGCAGAAGUAACUACAUGACGCCUAUGAUAUUACUUGGAAAUAAACGGGAUAUGUCUCAUGUAAGACAGGUGACUAAGAUUCAAGGUGAACAUCUAUCACACGAGCUUAACUGCCUGUUUGCCGAGGUGUCCGCCUCGGAGGACGCCACGGAAAUUGCCGAUGCAUUCCUUAAUCUUUACCGAGAAAUUCAGAACUCUAAAAGGAGAUCUAGGACUUUCUUAGAUAAGGUGUUUGGCUCACUAGGCACAAAGUCGAAAAAUUAAGGAUAUCUUUAUAUCAUAUCUACAAUUUCGCUUCAUCCCUUGACGCUUCGACUCGCCAGCAAAACAUUGAAACAGACGAGAUAACUUGUCUAUGUAAAACCUCAGGUGGAUCGAACAAGGCGCAUAAUGUGAGGACAAAAUUGGCAAAAUAUACUUACACUAUUUUACA